AUGCAUUCAAAGCAUUUGCUUAUCCAAGCAUCAAUAAUUUAUUACUAAAUAUACUUAAAGAGAGUCUAAUCUAAAUAAUAAAAGUAAAUAUACAUAAGUGAUCAAUCUAUAUAACAGUAUAAUCAGAUAGGAAAUACAUCUGAUUUAAUAGAAAAAAGUUAUAAAAUCAUUUAGGCUAUUGAUUUGUUUGUUUUGAUUAGAAUCUUAAAGUUAAAUUAAAAAUUAAAACCGAUAGCAAACCAAAAAGUUGAAGUUAGCUUAUAUUAAAGAAUGAGCUAAACCAAAAUUCCAUCUAAAUCAAGUCUCAAGUAUCCUUAAGAAUGUAUUGAUGCAAGUGUUAAAAAAACUCAAACUUUAAGUUGUUAUACCUUUUUCGAAAGUCAACAAAUCAAAAUAAAUUAAUAGCAAAUCUUAUCUUAGGAUAUAAUAGAUCUAAUUAUUUAUUUUGAGUAAAGGAGGUAAUGCUUAGAAGUAGAAAUGUUGCCUACAAGCAGUUUUCUAAAGAAUUGCCAGUUUAUGCAUUAUAGAAUAAUGCUUAAUAAUUAAAGGACUAUAAUUAGAAUUUAUUCAAUUUUGGGGAAAAAUUUACUAUUUCAAUAAAAAGUACAUCCGUUAAUUAGCUUUAUUAAAUAUUGUACACAGUAAUUUCAAUAAAUUCAAAAAUGGUACAAAUAAUUCUCGAUCAAAUAAUAGAAUUCUAGCAUUUAUGGGAGGUUGGGUUUACUGUAGAUUCUGAAUGAUAGAAUGGAUAUAGGAUACUAUUGCUCCUUAUUAGAAGUAAGAUUUGAUUUGUAGUUUCAGAAAAUCGUAUUGCUUUUUUAGAACGAAGAAUCUAUUUAGAUAUGA